AUGCCGCUGUUCAAGGAUGACUUAUCGCCUGACUCCAGGCCAUUACUCCCUUCAGACGAAGACCAACUAAACGUCCAACUAUCUAGAAAUAGUCACAGAACUCAAACUGAUCGUCCUAAUCAUCAUGACAUUUCAUUGGGAAAAGAAUUAUCUAUGGGCCAACGAAGCACCUCCAAUAGGAAUAUGACUAAUAUGUUUUUAGCUAAAUCUGAAGUAUCACAAUCACAGAAAGCUUUGACGGAUACGAAUAACUUUAUAGAGAUAUUUAAUAGAAAUGAAUCUGCAAAUAAGGUUGCAAGGGGAUCAAAAGAUAACGAACACACACUGAAAGAAAAUUAUGCAUUAGAACAAGUAGAUGAAACUGUUACUAGUAACAAUAAUGAUGACCAAAUAUCUCUGGGAAGUGUCGAUAAUGUAAUGGAUGAUUAUGUGGAAGAACCACAAAAACAUGAUACAAAUGCAUCAGAGACAAAUGGUAAUAAUAACGAUGGUCCAGAACUAUCAGAUGGAUUAACAAUGGAUCAAUCAUCCAAGAAACGAUAUGAUGAAUGGGCUGACAGAGGUGCUGCCAAGAUUGUACAAGAAAUGACAAACCCUAAAACAGGGGAGAAAUAUAAAAAACUAAUUAAGAAAGGUAUAAAGGAUUUCAAAUUUGGUGAAAUGAUUGGUGAUGGUGCAUACUCAACUGUCAUGUUGGCAACUUCAAUAGACACAGGGAAAAAGUAUGCUGUUAAAGUAUUGAACAAGACUUAUUUGAUUAAGCAAAAAAAAGUAAAAUAUGUGAAUAUAGAAAAAAAUGCAUUACAAAGAGUUAAUAAUUCCAGAAGUAUAAUCAAAUUAUACUUCACAUUUCAAGAUGAAGCAAGUUUAUAUUUUCUUCUGGAAUAUGCCCCAAAUGGGGAUCUUUUAUCCUUAAUGAAAAAAUUUGGUUCUUUAAAUGAAUCUGCAACUUGUUAUUACUCUGCUCAAAUUAUUGACGCCAUUGAUUACCUCCACAAUAAUGGUAUUAUCCAUAGAGAUAUUAAACCUGAAAAUAUCUUACUAGAUAAAGAUUGGAAAAUUAAAUUAACAGAUUUUGGUACAGCAAAGAUAUUAGAGCAAAGUCCGACAACUAAAAAAUUUGACCUAUUGACUAGAUCCAAAUCGUUUGUUGGGACUGCGGAGUAUGUUUCACCUGAAUUACUCAAUGAUAGUUUCGUUGAUUACAGAUGUGAUAUCUGGGCAUUUGGUUGCAUCUUAUUUCAGAUGAUUGCUGGUAAACCACCUUUUAAGGCAACCAAUGAAUAUUUAACGUUCCAAAAAGUUAUGAAAGUUCAAUAUGCUUUUACUGCGGGAUUCCCCACAAUUGUGCGUGAUUUAGUAAAGAGGAUCCUAGUUAAACAAAUGAAUAAUAGAUUGAGUAUAGCGGAGAUCGAAAAACAUCCAUUCUAUAAGGAUAAAUCUUUCAAAGAUGGUGCCAUUUGGUCAGAUACUGUUCCGGAGUUAUCUGCAUAUAAAGUUAACGCAAAAUCUAUGCUACCAGUUCCAGAUUUGAAAGAUAUUUAUCCGAACAGAAGAUUAGAUAUAAAUUAUGCAAAAAGAUCAGUUUCUUCAGCCGCCAUUUCAAGUACCUCAGUAGCCACAUCAUCAUCAUCAGCACCACAUUCCCCACAAUUACCGAGAUCAAAUAGUUCGUAUGCAAUCUCAUCGCAAAAGGAUACUAUUCCAGAAAAUUCUGAUAAAAAUGAACCUGUUGGUAGGAAAUCAACAGAUGGGAGAACCACUGCUAUUUUAGAAAGCGCUAGACGCAGUGUGAGUAGCAGAAAGACUUCAAAGAGUAAACAUCCUGUAAGUGGGGCUGCAUUAGCAGCAAGUUUAGCUUUCAAUAAGACAACAAAUACGGGUACUACUGAUAAUGUUGUGUCUAGUACACAAGCUAGUUCUCAAAGCACCAUAGGGACAGAGGAAGUAGAUAAGAAAUACCCUCAUCCAAAUAUAGGCUCUCAGCAUCAUAGUCAUACAGCUAAUCACAAUAAUAAUAAAUAUACAACUACCGAAGUUUCCCGUGCACCAAUACCAGGUGCUAAGAUAGCAAGAUCAAACACUCCUAACACAAAUGUCGUAACAGGCACAGAUAAUUUGAAACCCAAUAAUGAUUCAGAAAUAUCAUCUAAAAGCAUAACAUCUCCUAUUGUCAACAAGCAUUCGGCUCCUUACAAGUCCAGUCCUAAACCUAGUGAAAAUUCUCUAGCGUCUGCUCAAUCUAUAUCAUACGCAACUCAAAUCAUUACUAAAUCAGCUCAUGCGAGUGUCAACAAGCUUGAUAUUCCAUGGUCAUUUUUCUUGAGAGAUAUUGGGGAACAUAUUAUCCGAAUUAACGAAUUUAAUAUAGCUAUAACUGAUACUGGUAUUUUAGAGAAACAACUUGCAAGAUUUCAUAAAGCUACAUCUGAUCCAUAUAAUUUUAAUUCUAGCACAAGAUCUACAUUAUUGUCCCAAGUGGCUAGAAGUGGUGGUGAAAUCACAGGGUUAAGAAAUGGAUUUCGUAUACCCGAAGAAAAAUAUUAUGAAUCAAAUCAUAUCGAUUUCGAUAAUGUUGUGGAUAAUUAUAAAACGAUUGGUAUCGAUAUGCAAAUGUUUUUAGCUAGUGAUUCACAAUUGAAUAAUACCGAUGACAUAAUUUCUGUUAUGCCACACGAAAAAAAAUCGACCUCGAACACUCAAGACACUAAAUCAACCACCCAAUCUAAUUUUCCACAAAAUACAACUGAAGAAGAUACAGGUCACCUGCUAUUCCCAGGUAAAGUUAAAAAAUUGUUCUACCAUAAUCGUUUAUCAACACCCCCUCAAACUACCAUGAUAUCCAUAGAUCACGAACAGUUUAUGAGAAGGACUGUGGUUAUCACAAAUUACGGUAGAAUAUUGACGUUUGUUAAACGUAAACUUGUCUCAGAAAAAACUGGACUAAUGAAUAGCCUAUGCUAUGAUAUUGACUUGUGCCAGAUGGGAUUAAUAGUGAAGGAAAUUGCAUUUCAAAACCCUGCGAACAAUUUAAUAGUUCUACAAACGCCUUAUAAAUCAUUUAUUUUAAGUUCUAUCGAUGGAGGUAAUCCCAAAAAACGGGAGCAUUUUAAUACAGUGUGGUUUAAGACACUGAAAAAGGCUUUGAAGCUGGGAACAGACCAUAAAAAGCGUACACAUUCUAAGCAUUCUACAGGAACUCCUCAUACAAUACAUGCAUCCCCUAGUAGAGCUUCUAGUUCAAUUAAAAACACCGAUACAUCCAACAUUAAAGGAGUGACCAAACAUAGUCCUAAUGCAUCACCAAUAUCAUCACCGGUGCUUGGUAAACACACCAUUUCCUCAAAUUCACUAGGAUCUAGAUCAAAUUCUAGUGAAAGUAAACGUUCUUCACUUUUACCAACUAUCACUGAUUCAAGUGGAAACAGAAAGAGUAGAAUAUUCAAUUCAUAUGUUAGUUCAAGAGAAAAAGGUGGAAGAAGAUCUAGUAAAUUAGGUAUCCCAACGAGUUCAAAGCUAGUUAACGGUUUACCAACAACAUCUAGUAGCGGAAUUUUAGGUCUUGGAAUUUCAAAUAAUAACGAUAAAAAUAACUCAACUAAUUCUAACUCAUCUGGGUUAUCAAAAAUAAGUUUCAGAUAUAAGUAA